AUGCGUCGUCGUCUUCUAAUCACCAUUCGAAUCACUCAACUCGAAAUUACCAUAAACAUUAUCGAAUUUAGGUAUUGUAAAGAACUCGUCAGUUUGUACUCUGACGAAUUCAUCAUAACGACAACGAUGAUGAUGGAUGCGAUGCCGGCGGCUUCUGUUGGUAUCACCCGUCAUGACGGUGAUUAUUCGAGUCGAUCUUCAGUCGAUUCUAAUAUCACGUUAUGGCAGUUUCUCUUGGAACUUCUCGUACAAGGUGAACAUCCACAGUUAAUACAGUGGACGAAUCGAGAGGGUGAAUUCAAGCUUUUGGAUGCUGAAGCUGUCGCGAGAUUGUGGGGACAACGGAAGGCGAAGCCACAUAUGAACUACGAUAAACUAUCCAGAGCUUUGCGAUAUUAUUAUGAUAAAAAUAUCAUAAAGAAGGUAGAUCUUUCUGCAAUGCCAACGUUGACCAGUUAUGCACCGCAACCUGAAUUGACGACGUUAAAUAUGGGUGCUAAUGCGACUACGAGUGUGUCCACACCGUCGCCAACAAAUAGAUCACCGCUGACGACACCGACAGCUGCUGCGACGCACAUCUUUCAGUUUCCACCUGUGUCAGCAGCAACCAGUGGUGGAGCCAGCUCAUUAAUGCAUCAUCCUCUGGCUACGAUGAUGAGUCCGGCGAAUGUACUUUCGUCACUGAACAACAGUCUCUUCAAAUUCCCAUGCGAUAGUUUAAAAACUCCAACAUUGACGAUGAAAACGCCAUUACCAGUUAACAACGACAUAUAG